AUGAGAAUAAAUAUUAAGACUCUGCAAUCAGUAAUUAAAAGAAGAUGUUCUGCUUCAUCUAUAGUAAAGUUAGCAUUCUGCAUGAUUUUUUGUGUCAACUCAAUCCUCAAUUUGUUUACGGAAAUUCAUACAAAUAGUAAAUACCCAAUGUUAGCAUUUAAAAAUCUUUUGAAAACAGAAACAAAGGAGGAUAUUGCAACGACAGAAAGCAAUGAAAAACAAAGUGUCCUUGGCAAUAUAACAUCACAGUGGGAAUUAAAAUUAGCCCAACGUCGAGCAACACAAGUAUCAGCUAUCAACGAGAAAACAAGUUUUCAAUCAUUGAUUCAUACCCAACAAACCAUAAAAUUGAAGAUUGCUUUGCUUCUUCAAAUUGGAAAUACAGAUCUGUGGCCAGAAAUGCUAACGUGCAUCACAAACAUUGCUACAGCAGCAAAGCUGUCGUCUACUGCUAUAGACAUUUAUAUUUCCCUUCACGAAAAUACAAGACCGAAUGAUUUAACUAACAUUCAGUAUAGUGUGAGUAAUUUGAAAGGAAUUAAGCAAAUUGAAUAUAUUUUUGUACAGAACAGAGGCGCCGAUGUUGAACCCUUCCUACGGCAAAUACUUCAGAUAUCUAAGAAAGAGUAUGAUAUUCUUCUUAAAUUACAUACAAAGUCAGAUUUGAUUUGGAGAGAGAGAGCAAUACAGUCACUUUGUGGAACACCAGAGCAUAUUAUAUCCAUUUGGAAACAUCUGUCGUCAAACGCAAAUGUGGACAUGGUGGUCCCACUAGGAACAGUUUUUAGCAGCUACACAGACCCAAGAAAUGUUUUUCCUCAUCUAAAGAGAAAAUAUAAUCUUAGGGGGAAAACUGAUUUUGCCAAAGUAUUUGAUAAUGAUACAAUAUCAGCUAUAAAAAGAGUUCAUGAUGUUUUAUUUCUUCCCAGUAAUAAUAGAGGUGAAUAUGUCAAGUUGAAUGAUAACAACUUAACCAUUGUUGCAGGAACAAUUUUUUGGGUUCGCAUGGAUGUGCUACGUUCACUCAACUACAUUUCAACCUUGGUUAACCUUUACGAAGAAUUUUCAUUGGGAUAUUCUGAUAAUAAAGCAUUAGAACACAUACUAGAACGCCUUAUUCCAACUGAAAUUGUUGCUCAAGGAAGAAACAUUUCUGAAUUUCCACCUGCACCACGGAUUUUUGCUCUCUACUUUCCUCAAUAUCAUAUAUUUCCCGAAAAUGAUCGUUUUUGGAAAGAUGGUUUUACAGAAUGGAGUUUUCUUAGAUCUUUGGACUUGGAAGGUAUUCGCAAGCCAUUACCCCUCAAUAAGAAUGGGCUUGGCUACUACAAUUUGUUGAAUAAAGACAUUCGAAGUAAACAGGCUAAUAUGGCUAGAUCAGCCGGAAUCACUGGCUUUGUAUACUACCACUACUGGUUUGUUGGAAAGAAUGCACCAAUAUGCCAUAAGGCUAUGUUUAGAGUUCUUGAAGAAAUUUUGAUUGAUGGUGAGCCUGACAUGCCUUUCAUGCUUUCAUGGGCAAAUGAACCAUGGAAUAAAAGAUGGUCUGGCAAGAGUUCAAAUAAUACAGUUUUGUUAAAUCAAGAAUAUGGAGAUAUUGCUGAUUGGACUCUCCACUUUAAAUACCUUCUGAAUUUUUUUCGACACCCUAAUUAUAUUUUGAUACAUGGAAAGCCAGUUCUAGUUAUUUAUAGAUUGGGACAUCUUUCCAAGCAGUUGCCACCAAUGCUAAAUUUAUGGCAAAGCUUAGCAAUAGAAAAUGGCUAUCCAGGCAUACAUUUGAUUCAUACGAUUGGAAGCUUUUACUCAAUUGAUAAGGAAACUUCAAAGUUGGAAGAGAGAGCAAACCUCGAUGCUGCCUUUCACUUCUGGCCAGCAGCAACUGCAGGAACAGGCAUGGAACUUGGAAAUAAGACAGCAUCAACAUUUGAUUUUGAUGUAAACACCCCUGUACAAUAUUGGGGGGCAUUUACAGGUUUUGACAGAAGACCACGAGUCUCUAAUGCAACUCCAAUCUUGCGAUCUGUUGGUGAAUUUCGUCAAGGUUUGUCAAGUUCAUUUCAAGCAAUGAGUAACCUACCUCAAAAAGAAAUAGAAAAAAACUUCUUUUUCAUUACUGCUUGGAAUGAAUGGAAUGAACAAGCUGUUCUUGAGCCUGAUAACAUUAAUGAAUUUGGAUAUCUGAAGGCAUUGAAUGAUGCUUUAAUACACUUUCCCGCCAAAAACAAAAUACAUGUAGAGUAA